GAGGGGGUUAAGUCAGGUUGACAUGAGCCAGGACAGCAAGCUUGUUGACUUAAGUGGAUAAAGACGCUGCCCAUCAAACAGGACUCACCAAAAAAAAUAAAAAAUGUCGCUUUCGCCAGCACCGGCCAUAUCGGCCUCGGAAAAACACAUAGCAGGGCAUAUGGUGACAGUCCAUGGCCUCUCUGAGCUGAGCCCCGACGCAUCGCACGUGUCUAUCCUCUGGCUUCAUCAUGGCAGAACGAGAAGUUCCGCUGAUAUGGCCGACAUAGCGGCUCGUACAGUUGGAGCUUGGAAUCUGGAGCAGCAAUCCAAAGAAAGAGGCCUAAUUGGGAUUGCUUUUGAUCAACGAAACCAUGGCACGAGAAAGAUUUUCCCCAAAGCUAACGAUGCAUGGCGCGGUGGAAAUCCUUAUCAUGCCCAGGACAUGUUUGGGCUUAUUUCUGGUGCCGUCGUGGACACUAGGCUCUUGAUCGACGUGAUCCAGGGAAAUCUGUUUCCGGAGAAGCCCGAUGGAUACAUCGAUGCCCAUUACGUUUUGGGUGUCUCACUUGGCGGCCACAGUACAUGGCAGUUACUAUUCGCCGACGAGAGAGUGACAGCUGGGGUGGUCAUCAUUGGUUGCCCUGACUAUAUGUACCUACUGUCGGAUAGGGCAAAGCUCUCCAAACUACCGACCUUUAGCACAGAGGACAGCGGGGCAUCAUUCCUCGGCAGCAAGGACUUUCCUCCAGACCUUAUACGGGCCUGUGAAAAAUACGAUCCAAAAGGGUUGGUAUUUGGCCCGCGCAAGACUCCAAGCUGGCCGUUGCCGGCCGAACAGGCACUUGAAGCAAAGGGCAUACUCGAAUCACGACUUCGUGGGAAGCGGCUGCUCAACUGUUCUGGGGGAGAUGACAAACUGGUUCCUUAUUACUGCUCCAAGCCGUUUGUUGAGUUUAUGAAGGCGGCUCAACAGGAAUGGUCCGAGUUGGACGUUGUAUUUGACGACCGCGUUUAUGCAGGUGCCGGCCAUGAAUUCAGCCCGGGCAUGAUUACUGACGCCGUUCAAUUCCUCGUCGAGAGCACUAGAACCGAGGGACCCAGACAGUCGGGCAAGAGUGGAGAAACUGUAUCUAAGAUAUGAUUACUACCAAAUUAGUAGCGAGUGCCGUAGCCUCAUACCUACGGUAUUUGUGUAGCUUAGCGUUUCGUCCAAGCUAUUCCUGUGGGGGUGGAAGCAAGCGCUUCUGUUCCAUCAAUCAGGAACACGGUUCCAAGUCCGCUCCUAGCCCUCUCAUCAUCGCUGGAGAAGAGCUUUUGGCUCACACCCCAGGGAUUACGCGCCUUUCGCUUUCCAGCCAGCGCAUCCCCAGUGCCAUGGGGGUCCUCAAUCCAUUGCCCAAUAACUUCUGCAACACCCCGCAUCAUAUUCGCCUUUUCCUCCUUACUCUUCUCAUCAUCGGUGCCUGUUGUGGUAUUGUUGUCCGGCAAGACAGCGGAUAUGGGAAGAUCUUGUGCCGCCAGAAGCCAUGGUGGAAGGUUAGGUGGGUUGAUGCCAAUGUAGUUGACAUGCUCAAUUGGAAACCCGAUGGCAGAGCAGUGAGCUUCGACUAUGCGGGCCUUCUUGAAGGCAUGACUGACUACCGUGAGCUUCUCGGGCCAGGUUUGAAAUUUUCUCCAAAAGGCAAUGAUGGCAAAGAGGACGUUGUAGUACGAGUCCAAAGCCUGCUCCUCGACAAUUAUGCGGGUAGAAAGCGGAAUCGGAGACAGCGGAUGCGCUUCAGCGGUUUCUCCUGUAGGAGGGAUGCAACCGAAAUAGUCGUUCGCAGCGGCAAGGUUUGCGUAGCUCCGGGCCUCGGAGAGGCGCGUCUCCUUCCAUGUUGGGCCUCUGAG